AUGGCUGCAACCGCCAAUGGGCUUAACUCUAUGCCCCAAAGCCAUACAAAUACCAAUGCCUCACCCACACAGGCAUCUUCUCCCUCACAGCCCGAUAUCUUCAACGCCAGCUCCGUCGCCGAGAUCAAAGCCACGCUGUCCCACCUACACACCCAAGAAGCGUCUGUGACCGCCCGCCUCGAUGCCCUGGUGACAUCCCAGAAAGAUCUCUCCCGUGAGUUGGGCAGGCUGGACCUGAUGCGCGCCAACAUUGGGACCCAUGCCAGCACGACCCGUUCCAUCAGCCAUGGAAUGCUCUCCGAAGCCGCCGGCACCGCCGACCGGAUCUCCAGCGCAGUCCGCCGGCUGGAUCUCGAGCAGGCUCGGGUGAAAGCCACCCUAGAGGUUGUCGAGCAGGUUGCCGAGCUCAAGGCGUGUGCGCUGGGCGUGGCAGGAUCGAUGGGUGCAUCCCAAGACUGGGAGAAAGCCGCCAGCUACCUACACCGUGCAGCUCAGAUCCCGGCGACAGUCGUCAAUGGUGCGUUUGCUGCAGAUAUGGUUCCUACGGCUGAAGUGCCAGACCCGCCAAGCGUGACGCUGAAUAACGCGGCGGAGUCGCUGUGCGGGCUAUUCCUGCGAGAGUUUGAAAAGGCGGUUAAGGAGAAUGACGGAGCCAAGAUUACGCGCUUCUUCAAGCUUUUCCCGCUUAUUGGUCGUUCUGAGGUUGGACUCGAUGUUUAUGGGCGUUACGUGUGCCAGGGCGAUGGCUUCUUCUAUGCCAAUGCGCUUACCAAACUGUUUGAGCAUAUUGCGCAGAUUAUUGAUGGUCAUGGUGGGCUCGUUGAGCACCACUAUGGCCCCCGUAAGAUGGGGCGGGUCAUUGAACGGCUACAGGUCGAGGCUGAUGUACAGGGUGGUAUCAUUCUUGAUACUUGGAGCGAUGAGCGACAUGUGGAUCGCAAAUUGAUGGAUAUCAAAUCCUACGCUUUCACUUUCUUAGUGCAGAGCUUCCUGCCCGCACAGCGACCAGGCCCGCCUCGCUCGCAGUCCCCUACCAUGGGGGCGGGCACCGCCGCCGACGAGGAGGGUGUGGAUAUGAAAGAGAUCGAUGGUGUUUUGAAUGAAAUGGCUAUCAUGUUGGGCCGGUGGUCACUGUACUGUCGGUUCCUGGCUGAUACAUGUAAUUCUUCGAGUGAUGGUGACGCAGAGGACGAUAAGCGAUUCGAACUUCCCAGCUUCGUGCGAGAGUCACCUCUGGCCCAAAAGAUCAAUGAUCGUCUGGUGGCCCCCUUCAAUGCAAUGACGACCUUCUUCUUCCGUCGCUCCGUCGAAAAGGCUUUCCAGCUAGACGAGUCCCCAUUAGGCCUCACGCUGAACCCACAGCGUCCAUUAAAAGCCGACCCACCACACAUCACCUCAGCCGUCGACGACAUAAUGUACAUUGUCAACAAGGUUAUCCAGCAGUCGCUCGCAACCUCCCAAGAAACCGUCGUGAUAAACGUAGUCCCGACCCUCUCACGCGUCCUAGGCUCCGAUUUCAUCGGCAUGACGCAGCGCAAGAUGCGGGACGAGUGCUACCCACGCUCCAUACAAGGCGGCCAACCCGCAGAACAAACCACAAUCUCCUUCCUAGUUCAAAUCAACAACCUCGACCUGGGAGUAGACUACAUCCGACGAAUCGUGCAAAACAACACGGGCUCAAAAGUUCCCCUCCCAACAGAAACCACCAGCACACAAGCAACCCCACACCUCCUCGCAAUCUUCUCAAACCCAGCCACCGCACAAAAAGUGCACCAAACCCUCCAAACCCUCUCUACAGCCUUCGAAAGCAAAGUAACCGACCUCCUAACAGACGGAAUCCAAGUAAUCUUCAACAACACCAUAAAACCACGUCUCCGCCCGAUCCUGGCAGAUACAUUCCGGGACAUCGAAUACGCCCCGAACCCCAACACCGAAUCCGACAAUCCUAACUUCGACAACAAAGAACUCGUCAAGCCUCGCUUCACGUCCCUCUGGAAUGACCUGUUAACACCAUACGCACGGAUCCUCACGCCCUCCGCCUUCGACCGCGUCCUCGGCGUAACGAUCGCGUACCUGGCCCGUCUACUUGAAAAGAGACUCUGGUCCUACGGGGCGCGGAUUAACGCACUGGGCGCGGCGCGUCUUGAGAGGGAUGUUGCAGGGAUUGUUGGAGCUGCUGUUGAUGUUGGGUAUGUUGCUGGUGCGCCGGGGAGAUAUCGGUAUCGGGAGUGCUUUGCGCGUUGUGUGCAGAUGACGCUCGUUAUGGGGAUGGAUGAGGAUGAGUGGGAUGAGGUUAGGAGGGGUGGUGCUGCGGCAGAGAUUGUUGAGAAGCUUGGGAGGGAGGAUUUGAUUAGGGUUAGAGGGAUGGUUAGGAGGUAG